AUGAAGAAAAGGCAGUUGAAGCUGGGGAAAAGGCUACAAGAGAUGCAAAGGCACCUCAAAAAAGUUUGCUACAGACACGACUCCCAGAGUCUGUCAAGCUCCAGAUGUUACAGAUGUGAGCUCCUUCAUUACUUUUGCGAUUGUGAGCUGAAACACAGAGUUGAGUGCAUUGUCUCCUUUUCUGAUAACUUUGUGUCAAAACUACAGCACAAUCAGAAAUUCCGCUACAAUGAGUUAAUGCAGGCCCUUAACAUGUCAGCGGCACUGACUGCCAAGAAAACGCGGGAGUUCCGGUCACCUCCACAGGAGCAGAUUAACAUGUUGCUCAACUUCCAACUGCAAGAAAACUGUCCGUGUCUGGAGGAGAUACGAGAUGAGCUCUAUGAGUUCCACGAGGAUCUUCUUAUACAUUGCGGCAUUCCGCUAGAUGAAGAGGACGAGGAAGAGGAGGAUACUUCAUGGACAGGUCGGCUCCGAACAUUGGUAUACAAAAUUAAAGGCCGCUCAAAGACAGAAGAACAGGACCCAGCAGAGGAGGAGGAGGAAUACCCAACCACAUUGAAGGAGCUCAUAUCGCAGACCAUGGUGCGUUGGGCUUAGGAAGACCACAUCCAAGACCCUGAACUUGUGCGCAUUAUGUUCAGCCUUCUUCGUCGACAGUAUGACAGCAUCGGGGAGCUCUUACGGGCCAUGAGGAAAACCUACACCAUCAGCGCCGCCUCCGUGGAAGACACUAUGAAUUUGUUGGCUUCUCUGGGACAAAUCCGCUCUCUGCUCAGUGUCCGUAUGGGCAAAG